GAUGUUUUAUAAGGCAGCUUCUCGCGUGAUUUGCGCAAAUAGUUAGGGCAGACGUCAGUUUUGGUGUCAUAGUCUACGGUCUGCUGCAUAUUAAGAUCGUUAAAAUCGGCUGUCAACCAAAAAGAAAAGCGGCCCUUGUUCGAUUUCUUACGGGUUUGGAGAUUUUCUCUGGGCGGAGCGUGGGAAUUGUGUUGUACUUACUUUCAUGUAAUUAUAAUUCUCAUUCCAGCAUUGGGAUGGCAGCAUGGGAACGUCGGAAAUGCCAACAACUUAAACAAUUACUUCAUUCGGAAUAGGAUCCUGUUGAUUUUUUAGCUCAUGAUUUGAAUGUCAGCGUACUUUUCAUAUUUAUAAUGUGUAGCACAUUCAAGCCAAAACGAAUGUAUUCCAUUUAUCAGUCCAUAGUGCAAUGAUAUGAAGAAUAGUGCUUGAAAUGCAAAUCUGUGGAGUUAAUAGCAAAUGUCAUAAAGAUUGUGAAUAGAAAGUAUGUAGUGUGACACCACAAACCUUACUCUUUGGGUUUAAUGAACUUGCAGUUCAGUUAGCAGGAAAUGAAUCCUGUUACAUGCAUGUGUCAGUGUGUGUCAUUUAAGGAGUAUCUAAUGUUCUUAUUUGCAAGACAUGAAGACCCAGCACCUCCACCUCCUCCAAUGACUCCAAUGCAGAUGGGUAUGAUGGCAUCCCAACAACAUAUGCCAAUGGCUGCAGGACACCUUAUGACUGCACAGGGUUACCUGGUGCAGGGACAGCACACACCACCUGCUCAUCACCAGCAGCAGAUGCAUGUGCAAAUUCAGAUGCAACAUGGGAUGCUGAAUCCUGCCAUGAAUGAUGCCCCUCUUGAAUUUAAUAUGAACAAGAACAAACCACCAAUGCCUGUAGCAGGAGAAGAAAGAAAUGUCGCUGUUAACACAGCAGCCACAAGCAGCCGCGAAGAUUCCACUUCAAAUCAGAGUAAUAAUGUUAGUGGAGGUGGCAGUAGCAGUACUGGAGUUGGGACUAGUACAACUGGAGCAAAUGGAAUCAACAUUUCUGUCAAUGAUCCUCGAAGGGAUCGGGACAGGAGAAAUCGCAAUGAUCGGAGAGACCGUGGUGGUGGAGGAGAUCGUGAAAGAGACAGAGACCGUGACAGAGAUCGUGACCGUGAACGUGACAGGGGGGAUCGCCCAGAACGUGAUCGUUCAGAACGUGGUGGCCGCCAAGAAGAUACUCAGCACACCCAGUCACAACCGGUAGCAAAUAGUGGCACAGCUGGAAUGCCUUCACCAUCUACACCUGCUGCUACAGCAACAUCUGGACUCCCAGCUGCUGGUGUUUGGCCAGGAAUGUUGGGACACAUGGGAUACCCAGCUGUUGUUGGAGUGAAUGUGAUGGGUAGUGGGAUGAUGGCUGAUCCUGGGAUGAUGGGCAUUGGUCAGAUGAGCCAGUAUGGCAUGAUGAGUGGGAUGAUGCCUGACGGCACAAUCAUGGGUCCUGAUGGUUCAGUUAUGCCUCCAGAUCCAGGCAUUAUUACCACAACACCAGUUGUGAAGGAGAUUAUUCACUGCAAAUCCUGCACAUUGUUCCCACCAAAUCCAAAUGCUCCUCCCCCGACAACUCGGGAACGACCACCUGGUUGCCGAACAAUAUUUGUUGGUGGACUUCCAGAAAAUACAACAGAGGAAAUAAUCCGUGAAAUAUUUGAGCGCUGUGGUGAGAUGACGACUGUGAGACUCAGCAAGAAGAAUUUUUGCCACAUACGCUUUGUGUUUGAAUCAUCUGUUGAUUCCGCAAUUUACCUUUCUGGUUACCGUAUUCGGAUAGGUUCUAACACUGAUGCACCAAAUACUGGACGUUUACAUGUGGACUAUGCCCAAGCAAGAGACGAUUUGUAUGAAUGGGAAUGUCGCCAGAGAGCACUACAAAGAGAGCAGAGGCAUCGUGAAAGAAUGGAGCAGGAACGUAUGCGGCCACCAUCACCACCACCUGUUGUGCAUUAUACUGACCAUGAAGCUAUAGCAGUUUCAGAAAAGAUAAAAGCGGAUGACUCAUUCACAAAAGCUGUGCAAGUGGUGAUUACAUGGCUGGAACGUGGGGACUGCAACAAACGAAACGCAAAUACUUUCUACACUAUGAUUCAGUCAACAAACUCACAUGUUCGGCGCCUGCUAAGUGAAAAAGCACAGUAUGAUGAAGAACUUCAGAGAGCUAAGGAGUUGAUGAAAGGACGAAUGCAGGGCAUUCUCAUUCAAUUCGGUCAGAUCGAGAGAGUUUUCUCGGCAGCCAGUCACAAGAAGGUUUGGGACCAUUUCACCAAAGCCCAGAGAAAGAACAUAGAGAUGUGGAAGAAACAAACAGCGGAAAUCAAAGCUGUCCAGCUGGAAGAAGUGUUGAAUGAGCGAGCUGAUGAAGAAAUGGAAGUCUCAGAUGCUGAAGACGAUAUGACAAGCCAUAAAAAAAAGAGCCGUGAUGCUGAUGAUAGAUCCACUAUCAAUGUGUUGAGGGAAGAAAAUGACAGUCUCAGAUGUCAGCUGGAAGCUUACAAAAAUGAAGUGGAUCUGGUUAGGUCUGAUCUCAGGACAGAGUUGGAGCAGAAGGACAAACAGCUGAAAGUGUUGCAACAAACCUUGCAGGGAAUGCAACAGCAAUUAAUAGAAUCAAGGCGCCGACAGAAUGAAGAUGAGGUUAAAGUCAGAGAACUCCAGGCUCGUUUAAAGUCCUCAAAUGAAGUACAAGCAAAACUCGAGGCAGCAGCAGCUGAGCAGCAAAGCAAUGCAGAUACAGCUGUCUCAGAAGGUGGUGACACUUCUGUGGUUGAAGACGUGAAAGUAGAUACAACACAGCUAGCUCCACGCAUCACAGACCGAGAAGCCAAGUUAAUAGGUCUUAUAUCAACCUUUCUGCAUGUGCAUCCAUUUGGAGCUGGAGUUGACUAUGUGUGGUCCUACUUGCAAAAACUGGAACCCACUCUCCGACCAGGGGAAGUUGAGACACUUAUGAGUCGAUUCCCAACUGUUUUUCGUCAAGAAUUGUCUGGAAUUGGUGCAAAUAUGGAAAGACGAUGGCUAUUUGCUGGAUUUGAAUCUAAACCUUCUCUGUGACUGAAAUAUGAUAUAUUUUUAGAUAAUUUAAUUUAUGAAUUCACAGUAAAUUGUUUAAUUAUGCGAUUAUUAUCUGUUAGUCGCCACCUUUUCUGUGCUUUCCAUUCAAUACUUUAUAAAAUAAAGUAUCAGAUGUGUUCAGUAGUUAUCUUCAGUUUCAUACUUUACAGUGUAUUCAUCAUUGUUAAAGGUUUUAAUGAGAUAAAGUCAAUAAAUAAAUGUAUAUAUUUUGCUUCAUACUGUAUA